UGUGAAAGCGCCAGAGGCCGGAACGGAAACGUUUGGACUGGAAACGAACAACGAACACACCGAUCCCCACCCUGCUGUAUUCUCUCGCGCCGCCACGCUUCCAUUGACGAACCCUAGCCAUGGAUUUUGCUGGGUCCACCGUGGAUCCGGGGCCGGUGUUGCCGGAUUUCAGACGCUGCGCUUUUGCCUCGCCCAGCCGUGGGACAAAAUCGGUACACCAGGAGGAAAGCUACGUGGACGCACUGGUGAAAGCGUCACUUCAGCUGGUGCGCAAGGGGUUGCCGGUUGAAGUUCAGUGCCAUGGCGUGAGGAUGCUUCUGGUCGUGAAUUCUACUUUCCUUUAUCGACCCAAAAUCGUCCCUUAUUUUAUCGUGCUGCGAUGCGACCCUUUUGAAUGAACAAGAACUGAAAUUUCCUUUGCUCCAUUUCGGCAUUAGGGGUUUUAUAUUUUGCUCUCUUAUUGAACUCCAAAAAGUGAAGUAUUUUGGUUUAAUCCAUAAUUUAGUACCUUGUUAUUAUCCGGUAGACAUAAUGACAUAAUCUCUGGCUAGAGUCUAGGUUGAUUCUUCUGUCGAAGGCAUACCAUAAAGGCAGCAGAAUUGUUCCAUUUUAUUUCAUUUUUACAGUAGGAGUUUGUUCAUGGCUUUUAUGAAAUAAAAUCUACUAUCUUUGUAAACCCCACAAUCAUCUCGACAACAUAUCAUCAUUAUUUGAUGGCCACUGUUCUUUACAUGGAUAACCCAGUGUUCAUUGAAUGAUACUUACCUUACCUGAGUACAUUUACAUAGUUAAACAUGACCUUGGAGCAAAUGUUAUAUUGAUAACGGUGUUUCUUUUACCAUUUGCUAUCACACAUACAGUACGAUGCGCUCCUUUGUUUCCUGAGUUUUCGCCAUACUUUCUGUGCAAAGCAUCAUGACACUCAUUUGGUGUUACUAGCCAAAUGCCCGUGCUUUACCACGGGUUCUACAAAGUCACAAAAACUUUCUAAAAAAACACGUGAACAAUAAAAAAUAUGUUUUUGUUGCGAGAGAAAUGAACCCCUGCAGCAUCAGUUUGAAGUCAUACCAUCUUACCUAGCAUGCGAGAAUACAACAGCCUGGCUAGAUAAGCACAGAUCCAUGCACAAUUAUAUGGCAGAAUUCACCUGAACCUUCUAAAAAUGUCUAGCAUAUAAUAAUAGAAUAUUUAUCAAUUUUAUGUCUGGUCUGUUUUUUGCCAUCUUCCCCAAAUUGUUGCUAAUUGGCUGUUUUCAUAAUAAACAAAUUUUCAUUAGCACUAAAUAUUGUUUCUUCAGGGGGCUGCACGUCAUCACCAUUGGGCGGUGGCCAGCCACGUAGCGAAGCGGCUUUCCUAUCCAGUUCCUUCCCCUCUCUCCUCACAAAUCCAGCACGGGAGGCACGAGGCAGGAGGAUCGAGGGCGUAGCUGGGGGCGGAGUAGUUUGGAGGUGCCCGACAGCCACCUCUCUAGUCUCUCUCUCUCUGCAAGUUUGUAGACGCUCGUACUUUUCUCUGGAGUAAAUUGCACAGAACCACCACAUUUCGAUUUCUGACCGACCGGGCCCACCUGUCAGGUUGACCGGCCCGAGCCGGCGUUAGCUCCAUCCGUUAGCGGCGUUUGUCCGUCCGAGCCGGACCAGGUGAGCCAGUAUGAUAAGUGGACCUAAGUGGACCGACCGGCCACUCUCUCCCCGACAGCUCGAGCUCCGUCUCCACGGUCCGCCGCCGCCGCCGUCUCAGUCGUCGCCCGAGCUCCGCCGCGCCAUGGUUUCCUGGACGAACACGAACGAGGAGUACAUCUUGUACGACCCCCCCAACGAGCCACCACGUUGGAUUCACAUGCGAGAGUUCGCAGCUGGAGCCGGCGAGAAUGUAGUUUGCCACUGCCUCUGCCUGGUUAAGAUUCGGGUUGCUUACGAAGGGACUGACGCGGGACGACGCUUAUUAGCAUGUGGAUUUGAGGACGGGGUUAAGUGCAACUUCUACCAGUGGCUCGAUCCUGAGUGGCCAGGACAAAUGCAGCACGUGCUGACGAAGAUGUGGGAAGAAAUUGAUGAACUGAAGCAGUCUAAACGGCAUGAGAUGCAUCGUUUGAAUCAAAGGAACAGUGUCAUGCAUGAGCAAGUUAGGUUGGCAAUGCAAGAGCUUGAGCAGGAAAAGAAGAAGGCAGAGGAGGAGAAGAAAAUGGUAGAGGAAGAGAAGAAGUAGGCAUAGAAGGCAAAGGUCAGGCUUGCAGAAGAGUUGCUUAUGUUGGGGUUGUAGCUGAAAUCAAUGAAGAUUUGAAGUAGUAAUAAUUUAGAACCUUGUCACUGUGGGAUGUACUGUAAUCCUUAUUAAGAACCUGAUGUAUUAAAUGUGAGACUCUGUUGUAAUGUUCUAAUAUUUGUGAAACUCUAGUUGUUUUGUUUUAUGUAAUGGAAGUACUUCUGUGUUAUUGGUAUUUUGAUUCACAACAUGUUCAAUU